GUCAUCAAUAUCAAUCAAUCAAUAGAUCCAUCCGCCUUCCUUUGCAUUUGUGUAAACGUCAAUAUUUCGUGCUCUACGCACUUACGUUGUGCGGCGCUAGGAAGUUCGUCACUGUUUGGAGUUCAGGCGCGUCUCGAGCUGUGUUUUCUGUUUAAUUUCAGGUGCGGUUCGAAUUUUGUUUAGGUUCAAAUCAGACUCGAAGCAGAAACGGUGAUCGCAACUAUACCCUUUGAUAAACAUAUCACCGAGGGUCUUGAUCAUAUUCAUCACUGCACCGGAGUCCGUUUAGUCAGCGCAACUUGUGUCGAGAUGAGUGUGGAGGCGUACGGGCCGAGUUCUCAAACGCUCACCUUCCUGGACACGGAGGAAGCGGAACUACUUGGGGCUGAUACCCAGGGCUCGGAGUACGAGUUUACCGAUUUUACUCUACCCAGCCAGACGCAAACUCAAGGCCAAACCCAGAGUCAGCUGGACAAUCAGGUUUGUAUUCUUGAUGUGAAGCUAGCCAAAAUUUCCCGCCAUCAAUUCAUACAACUGCUAACGCGCUAGUUAGCUAACGUUACUGUUAGCCAGCUAGCUACUAGCCAUGUUUGCUCACUGGCUAACUAGCUAACUCGUGUUUGCCAACAUACACUGGUAAAUUGUCAACCAUGACUAUGUAGAAUCACUGCUGGCUUACUAGUAUUACAAAAUGAGCUAUAACGAGCUAACAUUAACAGUAUUAGUUAGUGUUAGCUAUCUAACCACCUUGUUAUCCAACGCAUAGAUAGCCACCCCCAUUGACUUCAUCCUCUCUCCAAAAUGAGAGGCCAAAAACAUGUUGUGCUAAAUGUUGGUCAGGCUAAAAUUAACUAGUUUGUUAUCCAACAACAACAGUACCAAUGAAUGUGUGGAUAACAAGGUUGUGCAGUAAUUCCUAGUCUCCCUCAAGUGAUUGACUGGUUAACAUACAAAUUCGUCUACAAAUAAAAAGUUAGGUUAUGUUGUUUCACCCACCUUAUGUACCUUCAAAGUUGUGUUUAUUGUAGUGGCAAAGGAAAUAUCUCCCUACCUAGUGCCAUAGCAAUGCAUCCAUGUUUUUGGCCUAGUUGCAGUCCUAAUUGUAACCAUGCUCCAUCUGUAGGUGAAUGGUCCUGAUGAAGGGCUUCACAAUGGAGGUGUCGAUGAUGUGGCCAAGGCGAGCCAACUCCUCGCUGAGUUGAACUUCGAGGAGGAUGAAGAGGACACCUAUUACACCAAAGACCUCCCACUGCAUGCCUGCAGGUAGGAGAGCGAGCAAAACACUUGAUUACUCAUUUGUAUGAUUGUCCCACAGUAUCGGUUGAAUUGUUAGCAGAACAUAUCGUCAAACACUUUUUAAAAAUAUUUAGAGUUUGCUAAUAAGUUAACAUAUUGACUUUCUGUAAUAUAAAAGCUUUUUAACUCUGUUAUUGCUUUCUGGGCGCUGCACCCAAUUAUGAGUAAAUAUGUAUGACCUAGAAGUCAUAGAAGGGCCUGUUGCUAUGUUUAUUUUUUCAGUUACUGUGGCAUCCAUGAUCCUGCAUGUGUGGUGUUCUGCAACACAAGCAAGAAGUGGUUCUGCAAUGGACGUGGCAAUACAUCUGGCAGGUAUGCAACACGCCAGUGUCUCAUCCACUAAAAAUAUGUAUUCAUAACAUGCAUGUGCAAAUAAGUUGAUAGUCUCCCAUGCUCUUAUUCAGCCACAUAGUGAACCACUUGGUGAGAGCAAAAUGCAAAGAGGUGACUCUGCACAAAGACGGGCCGCUGGGCGAGACGGUGCUGGAGUGCUACAACUGUGGCUGUCGCAACGUCUUCCUCCUGGGCUUCAUCCCCGCCAAGGCCGACUCAGUGGUGGUGCUGCUGUGCAGGUGUGUAUAAUGGGAUGGAAAAUGGUGGCUAACACUGAGUGUGGUGUUAUAGACUGAUUCUGCAUGUGUGAUUACCAUAGAUUUGACAGAAUGUGUUGCCAUAGAUACCGUGAUGUAAACGUAAGUAUAGUUGAAGUCGGAAGUUUACAUACACUUAGGUUGGAGUCAUUAAAACUUGUUUUUCAACCACUCCACAAAUUUAUUGUUAACAAACUAUAGUUUUGGCAAGUUGGUUAGGACAUCUACUUUGUGUAUGACACGGAAUUUUUCCAACAAUUGUUUACAGACAGAUUAUUUCACUUAUAAUUCACUGUAUCACAAUUCCAGUGCGUCAGAAGUUUACAUACGCUAAGUUGACUGUGCCUUUAAACAGUUUGGAAUAUUCCAGAAAAUGAUGUCAUGGCUUUAGAAGCUUCUUAUAGGCUAAUUGACAUCAUUUGAGUCAAUUGGAGGUGUACCUGUGGAUGUAUUUCAAGGGCUACCUUCAAACUCAGUGCCUCUGCUUGACAUCAUGGGAAAAUCAAAAGAAAUCAGCCAAGACCUCCACAAGUCUGGUUCAUCCUUGGGAGAAAUUUCCAAACGCCUGAAGGUACCACGUUCAUCUGUACGAACAAUAGUACGCAAGUAUAAACACCAUGGGACCACGCAGCCGUCAUACCGCUCAGGAAGGAGACGCGUUCUGUCUCCUAGAGAUGAAUGUACUUUGGUGCCAAAAGUGCAAAUCAAUCCCAGAACAACAGCAAAGGACCUUGUGAAGAUGCUGGAGGAAACAGGUACAAAAGUAUCUAUAUCCACAGUUAAACGAGUCCUAUAUCGACAUAACCUGAAAGGCCGCUCAGCAAGGAAGAAGCCACGGCUCCAAAACCGUCAUAAAAAAGCCAGACUACGGUUUGCAACUGCACAUGGGGACAAAGAUCGUACUUUUUGGAGAAAUGUCCUCUGGUCUGAUUAAACAGAAAUAGAACUGUUUGGCCAUAAUGACCAUCGUUAUGUUUGGAGGAAAAAGGGGGACGCUUGCAAGCCGAAGAACACCAUCCCAACCGUGAAGCACGGGGGUGGCAGCAUCAUGCUGUGGGGGUGCUUUGCUGCAGGAGGGACUGGUGCACUUCACAAAAUAGAUGGCAUCAUGAGGAAGGAAAAUUAUGUGGAUAUAUUGAAGCAACAUCUCAAGACAUCAGUCAGGAAAUUAAAGCUUGGUCGCAAAUGGGUCUUCCAAAUCAUUCUCUCUACUAUUUUUCUGACAUUUCACAUUCUUAAAAUAAAGUGGUGAUCCUAACUGACCUAAAACAGGGAAUUGUUACUAGGAUUAAAUGUCAGGAAUUGUGAAAAACUGAGUUUAAAUGUAUUUGGCUAAGGUGUAUGUAAACUUCCGACUUCAACUGUAUGUCAUAUUAUGGCAAGAGAGCAACACAACCAUCUGUCGAUGAACAGACUUUCGAAAACGCAAAUAUACACUAUCGUUCAAAAGUUUGGGGUCACUUAGAAAUUUCCUUGUUUUUGAAAGAAAAGCAAAAAAUAAUGUCCAUUAAAAUAACAUCAAAUUGAUCAGAAAUACAGGGUAGACAUUGUUCAUGUUGUAAAUGGCUAUUGUAGCUGGAAACGGCUGAUUUUUAAUGGAAUAUCUACAUAGGCGUACAGAAGCCCAUUAUCAGCAACCAUCAGUCCUGUGUUCCAAUGGCACGUUGUGUUUGCUAAUCCAAGUUUAUCAUUUUAAAAGGCUAAUUGAUCAUUAGAAAACCCUUUUGCAAUUAUGUUAGCACAGCUGGAAACUGUUGUGCUGAUUUAAAGAAGCAUUAAAACUGGCCUUCUUGAGACUAGUUGAGUAUCUGGAGCGUCAGAAAUUGUGGGUUCGAUUACGGAAUCAAAAUGGUCAGAAACAAAUAACUUUCUUCUGAAACUCGUCAGUCUAUUCUUGUUCUGAGAAAUGAAGGCUAUUCCAUAUCUCAGACUGGCCAAUAAAAGAUUAAGAUGGGCAGUCUGAGAUACAGCUUUUUCUUUGCAACUCUGCCUAGAAGGUCAGCAUCCUGGAGUCGCCUCUUCACUGUUGAGAUGGGUGUUUUGCGGGUACUAUUUAAUGAAGCUGCCAGUUGAGGACCUGUGAGGCGUCUGUUUCUCAAACUAGACACUAAUGUAUUUGUCCUCUUGCUCAGUUGUGCACCGGGGCCUCCCACUCCUCUUUCUAUUCUGGUUAGAGCCCGUUUGCGCUGUUCUGUGAAGGGAGUAGUACACAGCGUUGUACGAGAUCUUCAGUUUCUUGGCAAUUUCUCGCAUGGAAUAGCCUUCAUUUCUCAGAACAAGAAUAAACUGACGAGUUUCAGAAGAAAGUUAUUUGUUUCUGGCCAUUUUGAGCCUGUAAUCGAACCCACAAUUGCUGAUGCUCCAGAUACUCAACUAGUCUCAAGAAGGCCAGUUUUAUUGCUUCUUUAAUCAGCACAACAGUUUUCAGCUCUGCUAACAUAAUUGCAAAAGGGUUUGCUAAUGAUCAAUUAGCCUUUUAAAAUGAUAAACUUGGAUUAACAAACACAACGUGCCAUUGGAACACAGGACUGAUGGUUGCUGAUAAUGGGCCUCUGUACGCCUAUGUAGAUAUUCCAUUAAAAAUCAGCCGUUUCCAGCUGCAAUAGCCAUUUACAACAUUAACAAUGUCUACACUGUAUUUCUGAUCAAUUUGAUGUUAUUUUAAUGGACCAUUUUAAUGGAAAUUUCUAAGUGACCCCAAACUUUUGAACGGUAGUGUAUAUUGACUGUAUCCGUAUGUUUGUGCUGCUAGGCAGCCAUGUGCCAGUCAGAGCAGCCUGAAGGACAUCAACUGGGACAGCUCCCAGUGGCAGCCGCUGAUCCAGGACCGCUGCUUCCUGUCCUGGCUGGUUAAGAUCCCCUCGGAGCAGGAGCAGCUCCGGGCCCGCCAGAUCACCGCCCAGCAGAUCAACAAGCUGGAGGAGCUCUGGAAGGUACUGGGCUUGCUCUACCUAUCCAGAGCCAUGUAGUAGAUAUAGCUUAACCUCAGAAAUAAUCAUGAAACACCACAGCAUCUGACAUACUGGGCGGGGGGCAACCAAACUAGGCAGGGGAAGGCCCCACCAAUCAGUAGCUGGAGGAGGAAGCAGUCAGUGUUACCAUAUAUGGACAUGAAUGAAAGCAUGACCUGUGCAUCCUCUCGUCUCAGGACAAUCCCACGGCCACUCUGGAGGACCUGGAGAAGCCCGGUGUAGACGAGGAGCCACAGCAUGUGCUGCUGCGCUACGAGGAUGCCUACCAGUACCAGAACAUCUUCGGCCCCCUCGUCAAGCUGGAGGCCGACUACGACAAAAAGCUUAAAGAGUCCCAGGUACAGGCUCCACAUCCCCUUUAGAUCAUUCAUAAACAUAAGGGCAGUCACAAAUGCGUCUACUGUGCAACUGCCUACUGUAACGUACACAUAUUCUAUGCAGUAGGUCUUGUGUGAGGUGAAAUCAUAAUGGUGGAAACCUUGCUGUAACCCUGACAAAUGUAUAAAAUCUGUGAAAAUGUUCAGGGAAGGAUGCAUGUACAAAGAAAAAUACAUUGUACUUGAACAUAGCAGGGUGGCUGAGUUUUCUUUUUAUGUAGCUAAUGACAGUAUGACUAAUGUUUUUUCUUAUCAAUUGUUUCCUUUGUUCUCAUCUGUAACUCCACAGACCCAAGAUAAUAUAACGGUCAGGUGGGACCUGGGGCUAAAUAAAAAGCGGAUUGCCUAUUUCUCCUUACCCAAGACGGAUUCAGGUGGUAAUUAUUUCAAUUGACUUUUCUGUCUACCAGUGGUUCUGUUGUGCAUAGAGAACCGUUGCCUCCCAUACCUGCAUCCCCGGUGGUGUGUGUGUUCGUUUUGUGCUGGCCGUUUUGUGUACGGUAUUGUAUUUUGUCCGCCUCCUUGGGACCAUUAUUCAUAUAUUUCUGGAUAUAUUGUUUGAGCAGAGUGUUUCUAACUGGUGGUUUGCACAGACAUGCGACUGAUGCAGGGAGAUGAGAUAUGUCUGCGCUACAAAGGAGAGCUGGCCCCACUCUGGAAGGGCAUCGGCCAUGUCAUCAAAGUCCCAGACAGUAUCCUUUAACUAAAAGAUCAUUCUGAAGAAAAACACAUUUUCUUCAGUGGUUGCUCAUCCCUACCUAUUGAUCACCUACUCAAAGUGGUCCCUUUUUUAGCAAAUAGGAUCCACCUCGCCAUCUUUCCUUUUCCAUGAUGGGGUCAGGGGAAAAAGUCGUUUUGCGUCUCAACUCGUCAGCCAAUCUGAACAAUCUCAAUGUCUCAAAUGCAGACUAGUUUUUUGGUCGCCAAUGCAAAAUGUGGGGUAAGCAUUCUAAUGAUGCUAGCCACGUUAUUGGGUUGUAAUGUUUAAGGCCUUGCAUAAAUAAAUCAUAUUUUAUUGGGAGAUAACUCUUUAACUCUAUCUCCUUACUCUAGUCUACCGUAGCUCUCCCUUCUGAGAGGCCCAUCCAGGAGUUAUCACCCCUCUAGUAUGCUAGUGUAGGGAAAAUCCACAGUUUUGUAGACCUUUCAUCCCUACUAUUAGCCCCGGUAAAGUGGAGAGAACAAACACAUAUUUUUCUUUCAAACAUUCCACAAGGAAAGGCUAUUUUGCUGUACUUAUUUCCUUAGCACCCUUUGUGAAAGACUAUGGAGAUGAGAUUGCUAUAGAAUUGCGCAGCAGUGUCGGAGCUCCUGUAGAAAUACCCCACAACUUCCAGGUGGAUUUCGUGUGGAAGUCCACUUCCUUUGACAGGUACGACAAGCAAAUCAGAAUAUUUAAUCAGUUCUACUUUGGUUUUUGAUGCUCUGGUGUUCUUAAGUGACUUGUUUUCCAGAGAGUACUGAUUGUGCAGCUAGAGCUGUAUUUCACACAAAUGAUCACUAACAUAAAUCCUGUUGUGUGUUUAUAUAUCAUAGAAUUGAAUGAAUAAGACAUGAUAUGAAGGUACUAGCUUGUAUUAUCAUUGUUAACCACAUCACUCUUUAUCGCCACUAUAACCCAUUGGUCUCCACUGGGUUUCAGAAUGCAGAGUGCCCUGAAGACCUUUGCUGUGGACGAGACGUCCGUGUCGGGUUACAUCUACCACAAGCUGCUGGGCCACGAGGUGGAGGAUGUCAUCAUCAAGUGUCAGUUGCCCAAACGCUUCACUGCCCAGGGCCUGCCCGACCUCAACCACUCUCAGGUCUGACCCCCACUCCAAAACACCUCACUGACUUGACCCCACCUGUGCGUGGGGCCUGAAACUUUUGCCUUUCUAACCAUUCGUUUUAGUGAAUUAAUGAUUAGAAAAGGAAGACAUGUCCUCCUUUUAAUGGGAAACUUGAUAGUAAUGCGGUCUUAUAAUCAUGAGGAUCUUCAUUUGGAGUUAAAUGUUAAUUCCAUGUGCUUGUCUUUAUGCGCAGCGAUGAUAAGUGUUUUGGCUUUGAUUUGUGUGUUAAAAUAGGUGUAUGCUGUGAAGACUGUGCUGCAGAGACCCCUCAGUCUUAUCCAAGGCCCCCCUGGCACUGGGAAAACGGUCACCUCUGCCACCAUAGUGUACCACCUCGCCAGGCAGGGCAAUGGGUAAGACAGUUCACACUCAGAAUCUCACAUCCUCAUUAUGUAUUUUGUCAAAAGCAAGUCAUUUAGCGGAAGCUCUUAUCCAGAGCAACUUAAAGAAAGGUAGGCUAUGUACAAGAAGGCUAAACAUCAAAAGCAAACUAUGAAAGUAUGCUAUAGCAUCUGCUCAUUGUCAUUGCAUUCUGCAUUCAUCCGUUGUGUGUUUGGUUCUGCAGGCCCGUGCUGGUGUGUGCUCCCAGUAACAUCGCAGUGGACCAGCUGACUGAGAAGAUCCACAUGUCGGGUCUGAAGGUGGUCAGGCUGUGUGCUAAGAGCAGAGAGGCCAUCGACUCCCCUGUCUCCUUCCUGGCCCUGCACAACCAGAUCCGCAACAUGGACAGGUGGGGCAUGCUGGGAAAUGAAGUCCUUUUUUUCUUUUAUUUUGCACCGUCUCAACUUGAAUUGUACUGCCAUAGUGGUGCUGUCAUAAUCACUCAUGUUAAUACCUUUAGCAAUGUGUUAGCCUUGUUUUAAAUAUCAAAGAAUGAAGAAAGGGAAAGGAUGCAUUUGUUAACUGCUUCAAUAGAACCAUUGAAUAGUUCUGCCAGAUUUGCUUAUGCUUAGUUUUCUGUCCUUGCCAAGUGUUACUUUUUUAUAGAAUAACUAUAAUGAUGUGUGUUGCUCAACCUGCUGUGUCUGCUCUGUGUCUGCUCUGUGUCUGCUGUGACCCCCAGUAUGCCAGAGCUACAGAAGCUGCAGCAGCUGAAGGAUGAGACCGGGGAGCUGUCGUCCGCUGAUGAGAAGCGCUACCGGGCCCUAAAGCGCACCGCUGAGAGAGAGCUGCUCAUGGUGAGAAGAGGACACUUUUAACACUAACACUUUUGUCGCCCAAUAAGUUACAACAGUCUUAUGAGAACAGUACGGCAAGUCCUGUGAAGUAGAAUGUUUUCUUGACCUAGUGACGAUGAUAUGGGUUCCCCAUUCCUCUAAUUUCAAACCAACUCAUAACCUGUUUACCACUGUCCCUCGUUAGAACGCGGAUGUGAUCUGCUGUACCUGUGUGGGGGCAGGAGACCCCCGUCUGGCCAAGAUGCAGUUCCGCUCCAUCCUCAUCGAUGAGAGCACCCAGGCCACCGAGCCAGAGUGCAUGGUACCCGUGGUCCUGGGUGCCAAGCAGGUACACACCAUGCACACACACACAAAACAACAACAAUUUAUGCUUAAAAUUGGUUCAAUCCCAAUGAUCUUUGCAUGGACAUGUUUUGACAAAAAAUUGUCAAUGGUUGAACUCGGUCAAUUUUAUGUCACCUACUAAGUCCAGACUAAAACAAUUUUUUUUAGCCAAAGAAAUGGACAAUGUUUUUUUAAAGACUGUAGCAGACAAUGUAAACGCACAGCGUGGAUUUCACUACAGAGAGAGAGAAGCUAAACAUUUCUGGUUAACUGUCAUUUAAUCGUUAACUCCCCCUCCACAGCUAAUUCUGGUAGGAGACCACUGCCAGCUUGGCCCAGUAGUGAUGUGUAAGAAGGCAGCCAAAGCAGGCCUGUCCCAGUCUUUGUUUGAGCGUCUGGUGGUGCUGGGCAUCAGGCCCAUCCGUCUGCAGGUGCAGUACCGCAUGCACCCGGCCCUCAGCGCCUUCCCCUCCAACAUCUUCUACGAGGGCUCCCUGCAGAAUGGAGUCACCGCUGGUGAGUUAGACAUUUUUACCAGGCUUCUUGGUCAUAUUAUAGCUUUUGAAUUGGUCAUGUGUACAACAAUAAUUAACUUAUUAUUGGCAAUGUACUAGUGCCUACUAACAUUUCCCCACAAAAUAUACAGAAUAGCAACUAGAAAAGGUGAAGUUUAUGUAGAAACCAUGUUUGUUUGCAAUCUAGAAGUAGCAGUGUAUGAAUUCAAGUAGUGUUUCAGAUCCCAAGGGGUUUGUGUUCAUACACUGAGUGUCAAACAUUUACUCUACUGCGGAAGUUUAAAAUUAGGCCACUCUGAAAUCUUCUGUAACUCUACUCUAACUUUAAGCGUAUUGCUUUUGGGCACAUAUUUGCCGUUGAAUAAAAUGGCCAAUUUAGGUUUGUUCACAAUCUCACUGGCUUAUUGAAGACCAAGUCCCAUACUAACCAUGUUGACAAUGUGUUUCUUUUCCCUGGGCAGCUGACCGCAUCAAGAAAGGCUUUGACUUCCAGUGGCCACAGCCAGACAAGCCCAUGUUCUUCUACGUGACUCAAGGCCAGGAGGAAAUCGCUAGCUCUGGAACAUCCUACCUGAACAGGUAUGGCUCACAGUCCAGUCAAGGUUCAUCUCAAAGUAUCAACAGCAUUGAUUGCUAUUUUGGAAUGCAACUAGCGUGUCUUUAUUUCGUUUGUUUGGAACUAUUUGAAACACUGUCCCCUCUCCCCAGAACUGAGGCAGCUAAUGUGGAGAAAAUCACCACCAGGCUGCUGAAGGCUGGAGCCAAGCCUGACCAGAUAGGCAUCAUCACCCCCUACGAGGGCCAGAGGUCCUACCUGGUGCAGUACAUGCAGUUUAGCGGCUCCCUCCACACCAAGCUCUACCAGGUACAUCCGUAUAGCUGAACUUACACUAAAAAAUAAAUAUAAAGACAAUUUGAUUUUUGUUGUUGUAGUCUUCUCAAGAACAUGAUUUGUCAUAUUGAUUUGCUUUAUUCUUGUUCUGCAGAUGGUAGCAGAUUUAUAAAAUCUUAAAUGAAUAUUGCGUUACUACUAAUAUGUCCAAACCUGUUGCAUUUGACCAAUGCAUGCAUUACAAAACUAUUCUAUCCUGUUUUCUCUGCUGUCAGGAGGUUGAGAUCGCCAGCGUGGACGCGUUCCAGGGCAGGGAGAAGGACUUCAUCAUCCUGUCAUGCGUCCGAGCCAACGAGCACCAGGGCAUCGGCUUCCUCAACGACCCGCGCCGUCUCAACGUGGCCCUCACCAGAGCCAAGUAAGCAUCUGGACCAUUAGUCUUCAUUCUCACCACAGCUUCUAUGGAAGGACUGUUCCAGUCCAGCUGGAAAUCUUCAUAGUGGUUCAUCAGGAAUAAGUGAUGUGUAAAUCUGUGGACCACAGAGCUGUGGUCCUCUGUAGCUCAGCUGGUAGAGCACGGCGCUUGUAACGCCAAGGUAGUGGGUUCGAUCCCCGGGACCACCCAUACACAAAAAUGUAUGCACGCAUGACUGUAAGUCGCUUUGGAUAAAAGCGUCUGCUAAAUGGCAUAUUAUUAAAUCAUUUUAUUUCAUGUUUGACUCAAUUUGACCCCGUGACCCCCCCCAACCCCCCUUCUUCGAUGGGUAUAGUGGCUCGGCCUGCAAGGUUGUUUCCCUCAGAAAUAUUAGUGACUACCACUGAUUUAGACUCAUUCAUUCUCAUUUUUACCCUUCCCGUCAGUGUGAAUGUAUACAAUGCAAAUGCAUCGUCAGACUUCAAGAGAAUCACUGUCCACUUCUGUUCUUGUCACCAAAGUAGAAAUGCCUGCAACACCUAAUGGUGAAUUCUAUGAUUGCCUUUAAUCUGCUAUCUCCCACUGACCAGUAUUGUGUAACGUAUGUUUUCAGGUAUGGGGUGAUCAUCGUGGGUAACCCCAAGGCCCUGUCCAAGCAGCCUCUGUGGAACCACCUGCUCAACUACUACAAGGAGCAGAAGGUUCUGGUAGAGGGACCCCUCAACAACCUGAGAGAGAGCUUGAUGCAGUUCAGCAAGCCCCGCAAGCUGGUCAACGCCAUUAACCCUGUGAGUUAUCUCACACACACACACACUCUACAUGUUGUAUGUGUGGGAGUGUACAGUUGGCACAUGUUUUCGGUGUGGUUAUUGAGCCCAUGGAGAUUCUAGUCCCUUCAUAUAAAUGUGUUAUUUAGUAACGCUUUUAACACUUGUAACACUUUGAACUCCGUAACACUUUUGUUGGCCAAUAUGUUACGACAACAGAACAGCAGCUCCUCAGCGUUUUCGUGGGUAUUGAACCCAUGUUUGUGUUCCAGGGAGCCCGGUUCAUGAGCACUGCCAUGUAUGACGCCCGCGAGGCCCUCAUCCCUGGGUCUGCCUAUGAUCGCAGCAACGCAGGUCAGUGGAAAAGUACCCGUUUUAUUAUGUGGUCAUUUGUUCUGUACCUCCUUCAUGCUCUCACAGACGCCAUAAUGGGACAGAUACAAUGAAGAGUCAUAUCAUUCUCUGUGGUGGCACCAGAAUUUAUUGUAUUGCAUUGCUACAUGGAACAAAUACAUUCUCCAGCGAUGUGAGCGCUCACACAUGCAUGACUACUGUGGCAUGUUUCCUGUCUUUCUUUCUACAGGGCGUCCAUCCAACAUGUACUUCCAAACCCACGACCAGAUCGGCAUGAUUGGGGCCGGGCCAGCCCACAUGGCGGCCAUGAACAUGCCUAUUCCUUUCAACUUGGUGAUACCUCCCAUGCCUCCGCCAGGCUACCUGGCCCAGGCCAACGGCCCUGCUGCAGGUGAGCAGGAAGCAAACGGCCACUAUUCAUUAGUUGUGCAUAUAUUGACUGGUGGAAUAUUUAUUUGGCCCUGUGAAGUUGGACAGUAUCCAAAUAACCAGAAGUCAUAACUUUCCAAGUCUCAGUAUUCUACUUGGACCUCGGAGUUACUCGCCAGUGUAUGGGGCUUUGGAGAUGUUCUUAUACCCCUACUAUUUCUCCUCUGCAAUGCAUGUUCACUGUUUGUUACUCUGUUUGAUAAGUGAGCUGACGUUAGUCUCUCUCUCUGCCACCCAGGUCGUGGUGGGGCGCUGAAGGGCAAAGCGGGGCGUGGCGGGCGCCAGAGGACCCGCGGCAUGGGGAACCACGGUGGCAGUGGGCAAAGCAACGGGCCAAACAGCCAAGCCAGCCAGGACGUGUCUUCCCAGCCCUUCUCCCAGGGGCCACUCACCCAGGGCUACAUCACCAUGAGCCAGCCCUCACAGAUGAGCCAGCCUGGCCUCUCCCAGCCUGAACUGUCCCAGGUAACAAUACUGGCUUAAACUCCACUCUCUACUACCUUAGCUAUACCAAGUCAGACUCUGGCCUCGUACUCCUAUGCCCAAUCCCAAAUCGUCCCCACAAUGCAAUUAUGGAGAUCUAAGAGGAUUAGAUGGGUAUAAAUAAAAAAAAUUAAUAGCUUCACCUUGCCCAUUGGUUAGAUGUAAUGUUUGUCAUAUUGCUUACUCCUCGCCAUAUUGCUUACACCAAGCAAGAAGCCAGUAUGGUAAUAAUAAAGUAAGCAAUAUGGUAAUAGCACCACCACUGGUUGGCUGGGUGGAGGUUCAUAUUGCUGACAUCAUAUGCUCCUCUCAGGGAAAUGUUGGAAGAAUUAGUGUGUUGUUUUAUCUUGUAUGUUAUUGGGUGUUUCUCCUUCGGUUUUAACAGGACAGUUAUCUAGGUGAUGAGUUCAAGUCCCAGAUCGACGUGGCUCUAUCGCAGGACUCGACUUACCAGGGUGAACGUGCAUACCAACAUGGGGGGGUGACUGGACUGUCACAGUACUAAAGUGUAAGAUAACUAUUCCCAUUCCCACCGUACUAGAGUGGAAUCAAGAACUGUUAAUGAUUUGUCCUCUACUGCACAGUCUACAAUGUACUUCAGAAAAUUGUUGGUGGAAGCCAUUUUGAAUAUCCUUCUCGUUUCCUUUUCUCAGGUUGUUGGAAGAGGAGCUAGGCUUGAGCUGAGCUUAGUUCAUCAGCAUUUUAAUCUGGGUAAUAAUAAAAAAAAAAUGGAUACCUGUUUUCCUCUGCUACAACUGAAGCACCACCGUGUGAAAUCAACGGGAGAGAGAAACCAACAAAUCACGAGAGAGAAAGAAAGCGAUAGAAAGAAAGAAAGAACGGACGGCCAGGAAGAGGGAACGAGAGGGAGUGAAGGACCACUGCCGAAGACGAGAGGAAGGCGACGGCAGGCGGUCGAGCUGUCGUGAGGAAGACGAAACGAGAACGAAGAAACGAUACGAGGCACAACUCCCAAUGAAAGAUGUCCUACCCACCCCCCUCUCAGCCCCUUCCCCACCUUCCCUUCAAACCUCACGCCUCUGUCUGAGGGAAUGACCAGUUGUCCAGAGGACCUCUCUCUUUGAGCAGCGAACAGGGAAAGACAAGUUCUCAAGCAACUUGGCUGGGGGAGCGCAUUCUGCUAACUCUCAAAAGCAGAUAACAAGAAAGUGGGGGGGUACGGAACGCUUCAAUCCAGCAACAUAGGAAAUCCUCACCUCAAAGUUGAUCGGUUUUCACACCCGUUUGAUACCCAGACUCAUUUGAUUAGAUUGAUGCGGAGGAAGACUGGCGGUGUCGAUGCCGACUCUUAGACCUGAAAUCUCAUCAAAUGACCGCAAGAGGAACAUUCUCCAGGAGGAACAGUGGACACUUCACGUCGUCGUUCAACUUUGAGUUGAAAAGGUUGCUGCACUAAAGUCUGAUAUUAAAGAACUUUUAAUUGAAAUGCCUUUGAUUGCCUUGGGAACCAUUGGCUUUUUCAACAGGUCUUUUCAGAAAUAGGUGGUUAACUAGAAGUCUGGGGGAGUUGAGUGGCAUGGGGAUUUCAGAGGAAAGUUUCUCAAGACGUGAGCUCUGGAUCCGAGAGCUCCGUAAUCCUAUAUCACAAUGACCAGCAUUGAAAAAUAUUAACUCAAUGUUAUAUGAAGUUGCAGCAAAGGCCUUUUUGAUCUUUUGAAAGUGGGGGUGACGUGAGAUGUCGCCCACUAGGGUACUGGGCGGAUCAUUUUCAAUGUUUUAAACGCUUUAUAUGCUUAGAUUGGCAGCGGCUUUGAAGUAAUGCUUUACUCUGGGGAAUUCCUUGUGGAUGUAAGAUCUGUCUGCAUGAAACAAAUUCCCAUGCAAAGUGAAGACGGCUAUUAAUGGAAACUGAUUUCCACUAUAGUCUACACACAGUUUUGUGUCACUAUUGAAGUUGCAAGAGGUAGGUGGCUAGGUGUGUGAAAUAAAGAACAGGUAAGGUAUAGACAAGGUAGAAGGAUAAGGCUUGUGAACUCCUUGAAUGGAUACAAAUCCUUUGAAUCUGGUUAUUUUAUUUAGUAUGGAGUGAAUUGGGGUUCAAAUUUGAAUGUGAUUCUUCCCCUGUGAAACGCAGUCGUCCAUAAGAAUGUUAGCUGCAUGACUAUAAUUAAGUUGUCAAAUCCGAAGUAUUUGAAACCAUUUCACACCAGUUACACACAAUCAGUAAAAUGACGACUGGUACUGAUUUCAUAGGUGACGAAAAUGAUUUAUCACAUGAAAAGAAUGAGUACAUCCGAAUCAGUGCCCAUAACUACUUGUGAUUAUUUGCAGGUAUAAAGCAGCACAAAAUGUGAAUGUAGGUCAAAGCAUAGUUGACACUAUGAAGUGAAAGCAACCUAAACCAGCAUAUACCAAUUUAUUAGAAAGAAUCAGUGAACAUGGCGAGUAUGCUGUGACCUUAAAACCACAGCGCAAUA